AAUGUCUUUCCCCGUGUUCAUGUGCUUGCUAAUGGGAACCGCAACAGGCACGAGAACUGUCUACCCGAUGAUCAUCGAAGAGCGCACAGACGAUGGAUCUCUCCUUCUGCUCAUUCACCAUGGCCUGACUCUUUCACUUACCAAGGCUAAAGUUGCGACGGAACUACUUCAUCUGAAAAGCAGUAUCAACGGCACUGAAACAGAGCAAAUCAUAAAUGGGACUGAUAUCGAAAGAAGUUUGUUCGAAGACGAACAACGAAUGGCCACAGUAUAUUUAACAAAUUCUUCGGACGGCAUACGAGUGACUGGAUUACUGAGCCCUACCGAAAGGAUUGAACCAGUCUUGUCUGAAGCGGGACAAGCCUCGGGAAGAGUGCCACAUAUAGUGCGUAAUAUACAGCGACCCGUUGGAUCCAGACCACUUAUCAUGGAGAGGAGAAAAGAUACAGCGCCUGGAAUUUGCCGCGACAGGUAUCUCCCUGAAAAUGUAACCAUUGAAAUCUACGUCAUUUCUGAUGAGGUCCACAACAGAAGAUUUACAAAGAACGAUCUUUGGAGAUACAUAUGCAUCUUUAUAAACAGUAUUAACGCCAUAUUUAUGAGUCUGAGUUGUCCCAAAGUAAGGUUGGCCCUUGUCGGGCUAGAAAUCAGUAGUAAGACUGCUGAAGCUCAAUACGUUUAUGGCAGCGACAAACUAUUGAACGACCUGUUUACUCUUUACAACCUUAAAGACUACGUCGAAAGAAAAUGGAAGCAUACAGAAACCCCUGAUCUGGUGCUACUUCUCACAGGGCGAGAUAUUUACGAGAGUACCAGUAGAGGAAUCAGGAGGGAUAUUACAGGAAUUGCGUUUGAAGGUGGUGUUUGUACGGAACAUCGUGUGGCUCUAGCAGAAGACGUGCCUGGUUCUUUUAGUGGUAUUAUCGACGCUGCGCAUGAGCUCGGGCAUAGUUUAGGGGCCUCACACGACGGAUCGCAACCAAACCGAUAUAUUCCAGGUCACCCUGGAUCAUUGAAGUGCCCACCUAAAAGCGGCCAUUUGAUGACGUACGUGGAUGGUGGACCACUUCGAUACAAGUUCUCCCAGUGCAAUCAGGAAGAAGUCCGCUACGUGCUUAGAAUGCGGGGGCAGAAGUGUUGGAACGUCAACGCUUUGAAUUUCUACUCCUUGAAGGACGUUUAUCCAGGUGCCUUACUCAGUCCCACGGACUUCUGCAGAAGAUUUUACAAGAACAGAGACAUGUACAGUCCUAUGGAACAGUCUCUAAAAAGACAUUGCAAAAUGCGAUGCUGCACUGCGCGUAAACCCAAUACACUCACGUGCGCCUGGCAUCACAUGCUUGAUUACAUGUGGUGCGAUGCUGGAAAGAGAUGCUUCCAGGGGGUUUGUAGAAGUGGAAUGCACUCGUCUUCUUAUCGCUCGAAGAAGUUUUAAAGGCUGAAUAAAUAACUUCUUACCUCAAUUAACAACUCAAGACAGUUCAAAUUGGAUAUUUACUGACGAAAAAAAAAGCAUUUUGUCUGUACCUACGAACAUUCUUGCAAACAAUAAAGCGUACCUACCUACAA